UUUCACACACACACACACACACACAGCAUUCCAUCGUAAGUGGAAAGAGACUCCCCAAAUAGAUUCAUUACACAAUCAGCACAUUAAACUCAUUUCUACCCUUUCCCUCUCUCUCUCUAGAUCCAAAUCCGUCUGUACAAGUCUGUAAUUCCAUUCCAGAUCCUCCAAUUGACCUCUCCAGAUCUCGAUUCUAAGCUUCGCUUAUAUAUAUUGUUCAUAUAUAUAUAUAUACACGUACAUAUUUAUAAUUGGGCUAUCGGUGAUUGAUCGGUUUCGCGUUCGUCUUCGCAUCCGGAUCUGAUCAAGCUAUUGUAGAGCUUCGAAACGGACCCAAUCAUGAAUCCCUUCUCAUCUGGUACGCGUUUAAGGGACAUGAUUCGGGCUAUACGUGCUUGCAAAACUGCAGCAGAGGAACGCGCUGUUGUAAGAAAAGAAUGUGCUGCUAUUCGUUCAGCAAUUAGUGAAAAUGAUCAAGAUUAUAUGCACCGUAAUCUGGCAAAGCUCAUGUUCAUUCACAUGCUUGGUUACCCCACACAUUUUGGUCAAAUGGAAUGCCUGAAGUUAAUUGCUUCUGCUGGAUUUCCAGAGAAGAGAAUAGGAUAUCUUGGCCUAAUGUUGCUUCUGGAUGAAAGACAGGAAGUUCUAAUGUUGGUCACAAACUCACUAAAGCAAGACCUUAAUCAUUCCAAUCAAUAUAUUGUGGGACUUGCUCUUUGUGCUUUGGGGAAUAUAUGUUCUGCAGAAAUGGCUCGUGAUCUUGCACCGGAGGUUGAAAGAUUGCUGCAAUUUCGAGAUCCAAAUGUUAGGAAGAAAGCAGCAUUAUGCUCUAUAAGGAUUAUAAGGAAAGUGCCUGACCUGGCAGAAAAUUUUGUAAACCCUGCUGCUGCAUUACUUAGAGAAAAGCACCAUGGAGUACUGAUAACUGGAGUUCAGCUUUGUAUAGAUCUAUGUAGAGUCAGUGCAGAGGCCCUUGAGUUUUUCAGAAAGAAAUGCACAGAGGGUCUGGUCAAAGUCCUAAAGGAUGUUGUGAACAGUCCAUAUGCACCUGAGUAUGAUAUUUCUGGGAUCACAGACCCCUUUCUCCAUAUCAGAUUGCUUAGGCUUUUGCGCGUGUUGGGCCAAGGAGAUGCAGAUGCUAGUGAUUUUAUGAAUGAUAUUCUUGCUCAGGUUGCAACAAAAACUGAGUCAAACAAAAAUGCGGGCAACGCGAUUCUUUAUGAAUGUGUUGAAACCAUUAUGAGCAUUGAAGAUAAUAGUGGCUUGCGGGUGCUUGCUAUAAAUAUUUUGGGAAGAUUCCUGUCAAACCGUGACAAUAAUAUCAGAUAUGUUGCAUUGAACAUGCUGAUGAAAGCUAUUACAGUAGAUGCACAAGCAGUGCAGAGGCACAGGGCAACAAUCUUGGAAUGCGUGAAGGAUUCAGAUGCUUCAAUUCGUAAAAGGGCCCUUGAGCUUGUAUAUCUUCUUGUGAAUGAAAGCAAUGCAAAGGCUUUGACAAAAGAGCUAAUUGAAUAUCUGGAAGUAAGCGACCAGGAAUUCAAGGGAGAUCUUACCGCCAAAAUUUGCUCUAUCGUUGAAAAGUUUUCCCAAGAGAAAAUUUGGUACAUUGAUCAGAUGCUCAAGGUUCUCUCUGAGGCUGGAAAUUUUGUGAAGGAUGAAGUUUGGCACGCCCUUAUUGUUGUUAUUAGCAAUGCUUCUAACCUCCAUGGAUAUACAGUACGGUCCCUAUACAGAGCUGUUCAAACAUCAGGUGAACAGGAAAGUCUUGUUCGAGUGGCAGUUUGGUGCAUUGGAGAAUAUGGAGAAAUGUUGGUCAGUAAUGUCGGAAUGCUUGAUAUAGAGGAACCAAUUACUGUAACAGAGUCUGAUGCUGUGGAUGUUGUAGAGAUUGCUAUUAAGCGCCACACCUCAGAUCUUACCACACGAGCAAUGUGUUUGAUUGCUUUGUUAAAGCUGUCUUGUCGUUUUCCAACUUGUUCACAGAGGAUAAAGGAUAUCAUUGUUCAAUCUAAAGGAAGCCUUGUGCUUGAAUUGCAGCAGAGAUCCAUUGAAUUCAAUUCUAUUAUCGAGAAGCAUCAGAAUAUCAGGUCUCAACUUCUGGAGAGGAUGCCAGUUCUUGAUGAAGCAACUUACGUUGGAAGGAGGGCUGGUUCUCUGCCAGCAACUGUUUCAACUUCAAAUGGGGCUGCAAUUAAUCUUCCAAAUGGAGUUGCCAAACCUGCUGCUGCUCCACUUGUUGAUUUACUUGAUCUCAGUUCAGAUGAGGCCUUGGAACCUAGCUCAUCUGGCGGUAAUUUUCUUCAGGAUCUUCUUGGUGUUGAUCUGUCACCAGUUUCGCCACAAUCAGGUGGGAGUCAGGCUCAAAAAAGUGGCACGGAUGUCCUAUUGGACCUUUUGUCAAUUGGAAUGCCUCCAGCUCAAAACAGCUUAUCUACACCUGAUAUUUUAUCCUCCAGUCAGGAUAACAAAACUGCAGCUGGUGCACUAGAGAGAUUGUCAUCACCUGCAUCUUCUGCACAAACCCCUUCUCCUGCUGGGGGUUCUUCCAUGAUGGAUUUGUUAGAUGGCUUUUCUCCAGAUCCACCAAAGCCUGGAGACAAUGGUCAUGCUUAUCCGCCAUUAGUUGCAUUUGAGAGCAGCUCGUUGAGAUUAAUGUUCAACUUCUCAAAACCAUCUGGAGAUCCACAAGCAACCCAUAUCCAAGCUACUUUUACAAACAAGUCACCUAAUGUUUAUACAGAUUUCAUUUUCCAGGCAGCUGUACCGAAGUUUCUUCAGCUGCACUUAGAUCCAGCUAGCAGUAAUACUCUCCCUACAAGUGACAAUGGUUCAAUCACACAAACUUUGCGAGUUACCAACAGCCAACAUGGCAAGAAAUCCAUUGUCAUGCGCAUACGGAUAGCUUACAAGAUGAAUAACAAAGAUUGUUUGGAGGAAGGACAAAUCAACAAUUUUCCUCGUGGAUUGUGAGUUGAAUGGUCCCCAAGUGUUGUUUAAAGACGGUGACAGAUGAGCUUUUAUAUGAUCUUUUUUUUUUUUUUUUCCUUCAACAGAGGUCUUCUCGCUGUCUAGCGUUUAGUGCAAUCUUUUGUUUCAAAUUCUAUUGUUUGGAGGUCAUGUGGCUUGUAGGCCUUACUUUUCAUUUCUUUUCUUACUCGUUGAAGGUAGUAUUUGUACAUUAUGAGAAGAUCUCCUGUACGGGUUUGUGGGAAGUAUUUUUGCAUUUUGAGGCACGUAGAGGAACUCCGUCUUAUAUUGGGAACUUGAGGUGCUCUUGUUGCUGAACUUUUACCCUUUUUUGUUUUUCUUUUCAUUUUUCUGGAAUCUGCAACUUUUGGUCUUCAAGAUUUUGUUAAAAUUUAUACCAAAUUACGAAAAUUGUAAAAUAUUAUUCCAUUUUAAUCAUGAACUUUCUGUCUUAUGAAAUUA